AAAAGAGCACAAAAAGGCUGUGCAGGGAACCGGGAUCAUCAUCAACCCCAUAGACUCCUCUUCACAGUUACUUUGUCACCGUAAUUAGCGGACUCUCCCGUUCCCGUCACUCUUACUCUAGCGUUUCGCUCCGCUGCUCUGUUCUAGCUCCUUCAGCUCCCAUGGAAUCGAGUUCGGGUUUCAUGCCUUAAGUGAAGUUUGUUGCUUUCUUCGUCAAUUACAGAGCACAUGCAUCGGAUAGUUAGUGAUCGAUGCUGCAUCGCCUUAUAGGAUGAAAUGUUUACUUCAUAAUUGUUGGUGAGACGAGGUAAUAUCUGCACUUGAAAGUGUGGAUUUACUAAGUGGGAGGAAUAACUUGAGUGUAAAAGAUGGAAAAGGCGAGAGGCUGGUUCAAUAAAUUUAGGUCGAAAGACAGGUCAAAAGCUUCUAAGAAGAAUGAAGCUACAGGGAAUGGGAAGGAGGUCUUGAAAGUGCCGACGAGUGAGGACGCUCCUUCAAAUGUGACUAAGCAGAAGGUUGCAGCCGCAAAACAAUAUAUAGAAGACCACUACAAGAAGCAAAUGAAGAGCCUGCAGGAGAGGAAGGAGCGACGCAAUAUACUUGAAAAGAAGUUGGCUGAUGCUGAGGUCUCUGAGGAAGAGCAGAACAACUUGCUAAAGAAUUUGGAGAAGAAGGAAACAGAAUACAUGCGCCUUCAAAGGCAUAAGAUGGGCGCUGAUGAUUUUGAGCCAUUGACGAUGAUAGGAAAGGGUGCAUUUGGAGAAGUUAGAAUCUGCAGGGAGAAGGCAACCGGACAUGUAUAUGCCAUGAAGAAGCUUAAGAAAUCAGAGAUGCUUCGCAGAGGCCAAGUUGAACAUGUGAAGGCUGAGAGGAAUCUACUUGCCGAGGUUGAUAGCAAUUGCAUUGUCAAGCUCUAUUGUUCAUUCCAAGAUGAGGAGUAUUUAUAUCUCAUUAUGGAAUAUCUACCCGGUGGAGAUAUGAUGACUUUAUUGAUGCGCAAGGAUACACUGACAGAAGAUGAGGCCAGGUUUUAUGUUGCGGAAACAGUCCUAGCCAUUGAGUCCAUACAUAAACAUAAUUACAUUCAUAGAGAUAUAAAGCCAGAUAACCUGCUUCUUGAUAGAAAUGGUCACAUGAAAUUAUCAGAUUUUGGAUUAUGUAAGCCACUAGACUGCACUAAUCUUCAAGAGAAGGAUUUUUCUGCUGGGAACAACCUUAGUGGGGCUCUUCAAAGUGAUGGGCGCCCCGUGGCACCAAAACGCACACAACAGGAGCAACUUCAGCAUUGGCAGAGGAACAGGAGGAUGCUUGCUUAUUCUACUGUUGGAACGCCUGAUUACAUUGCCCCAGAAGUUUUGCUGAAGAAAGGAUAUGGAAUGGAAUGUGAUUGGUGGUCUCUUGGCGCCAUCAUGUAUGAAAUGCUUGUAGGAUAUCCACCCUUUUACUCGGAUGAACCUAUGUCAACCUGUAGGAAGAUAGUUAAUUGGAGAACUCAUUUGAAAUUUCCCGAAGAAGCAAAACUAUCCCCAGAAGCAAAGGAUCUUAUUAGUAAAAUGUUAUGUAAUGUUGACCAUAGGCUUGGAACAAAAGGCGCCGAUGAAAUAAAGGCUCAUCCAUGGUUCAAAGGCAUUGACUGGGACAAAUUGUAUGGAAUGAAAGCUGCAUUUAUUCCUGAGGUCAAUGAUGAAUUAGAUACUCAAAACUUUGAGAAGUUUGAAGAGGCUGACAAGCAAAUCCAAACUUCGUCUAAAGCUGGUCCAUGGAGAAAGAUGCUGUCAUCUAAGGAUAUCAACUUCGUUGGGUAUACAUACAAGAACUUUGAUAUUGUAAAUGAUGAUCAAUUACCUGGGAUUGCUGAAUUAAAGAAGAAGAGCACUAAAACUAAGAGGCCCUCCAUCAAGUCCCUUUUUGAUGAUGAGUCGGCCAAGGCUGGCAGUCAACCUGUUCAUGGGAGCUUUCUGAACCUCUUGCCUCCCCAACUAGAAGUCCCUGAGAAAGAGCGACAAUCCUAAUGAUCUACACUUUUUUUUUGUCAUAACAUCAGAUGGCCGCGAAAGAGUGAUUUGUUCUUCGGUAAAUGUCGUUCAUUUCACUGCUUCCUGAAUUUCAUCGUUUUAGAGUGAACGUUUUUGGGGCGAAGGCCCGAAACGAGUUGUUUGGUCUCUGUAAAAUAGCUUCUGGAAAUAUUUAUUCUUUGAAAAUAUUCAUUUUUCUUCCCUAUGUAAUGCAAAAGAAAGCCAAAAAAAAAAAACCCUUGUAUAAUACGAGCAUGAUUGUUUAUGUAACCAACUUACUGUUAGUGUUGAUGAUAGUGUACUACUUAAAUACGGAAAAGAAUAUUUUAUUAAUAUUGCAAAAUUAUGUUUCUGAUUUCUAUUUC